AUGAACCUCAAUAAGAUAGUCCAGUCUCCUCAUAAGAAGUUCGGUGAUAUCUACGCCACUAACGACGACGGAGACAAUGAUGCCGUCUCGGUAGAGAUAGACCUCGCGCAAAACGCAUUCGGAAAUGCAUCCCAAUACCACUCCAAGAAAAAACAAGCCAAAGAGAAGGAGAAACGUACUGCUGACACCUCUCAAAAGGCCAUCAAAUCAGUAGAAAAGGCUACCAAGGAGAAGGUCAAGGAUCUGCAACUGAGAACCGAGAUUGCCAAGUCACGCAAAGUGCUGUGGUUUGAAAAGGUAUGA